AUGGACAGUCUUAGGAUAGAGACGAACCCACAAACUUGUCUGGCUUACCGAAUUAACAAUUGCGAUCAAAUGAAGUUUAUUCAGUAUCAGUAUAAUUCAAAGAAGAAGGCCCGUCAGCAGGCAAAAACGAUGCGUUCCAGAUCAAGGCCUAAACCAGUUUUCUUCCAGUACAGACGUUGGGUCCAGAAGCAAUUACAAAGUCAUUACGGAAAGGUGUCUAUGCCAACCGUUUCAACAAUUGCGUCAAUCUGGUGGAAGCAGAUGCCAAUAAACCAAAAAUGGGAUAUAGAGCAGUUGUUAAGCACCUUAAAGUCGGAGUUAAACGACGACCAGACAGAAGACCUGGGCAAUGAUGAGGAAUCGUCAUCGCCAGAAGAAAUCGAGGUGAUGCUCUCUUGGAUCGAAAGAGAGUGGAACGGUCAGUUCAAACCGAAUAAUUGA